AUGAACGCUGUGACUGAUKCUCAAGAAAACGUGAGAGCCGAAGUUAAGUACCAAAAACAAAGUACUUCGGAACGCUUUGGAGACCUUUUGAUAGGUGGGUGUCAACACAGUAAAACGGAGAAACUAAAGCCAACAUUAUUGGCAGAAAACCUACCUAGAACAAAACUAGCUGGAGUGAAAUCAAACUUAUACAAUCCAGUUCCAAGUACAUUUCGAAGACGUGAUAUUGAAAAUGUACAAGGAAAGCUUAGUGACGAACUUUCCGGGAAUACAUUACCACCAGGAUUGGUUGAAUUGCCCAAUUAUAACGAUCACAAGUUUGAUCCACCACAGAUAGUUUUUCCAGGAUAUGACAUUUUACCUUUGCCACUAAAUUCAAAAUACCAAAAUAAAACUAUAAAUGAAUUGUCAUUUUUGAAACAUAAGGACAUGUCUAACUUGUGGAAGAAAUUUAUAGACAGCGUACCUAUGUCAAAAACCAGGAUGAAUAAUAUUCCAAAAAAUAAGUAUAAUAAUUAUAGUUAUCUUUAWUUAAAAUUUGAUUAA